CAGAACGAUACUUGUUUCAAAUCAAACAGGUGCAGAUAGUUCGUGCACGAGUAAACCAAAGCAGGCAGCAAUUACGUUCACGAUAGUAACUAGUGAGAUAGACUUGUGGUGCUGUUUUCUCCUUCACUUAGUGCACCUGUGUACGUCGCGACUUUCUCAUUUGUUCCUCAUAUAGUAUAACCCUUGUUGCUAAAAAAUAAAGGAUCGUUCAUUGACUGCCGAGGUUAGCGCAACUGUGAGUGAGUAUUGAGUACUAUACGUACAGAUCCACAGGGCAUGGCGAAACAUAUAAAGGCUACCAUGGGUGGCAAGCGCCCAAUUGACGAAGUGGAUGAUGCCUCGGAAGAUGAAAUUGACUAUGAAGACAUGCCCGACGUCGAGGGAGAGCUGUACGCAGGUGCACGCACAGGGUUUACUGAGCAGCGCCUGACGGAUCUGGCGGUCAACGACGACCUGACUCAGAAGUUCUUCCAAGAACACGACUACGGCAAUAUGCCAGUUUCGAAGGACAAUAACAUGCGACCGAUUUGGCUUUCUCCCGAUAGCCACAUUUUCCUGGAGACCUACGGAGACAAACGCAUGUAUUUGACGGCGUACGAUUUCCUGAUCUCCAUUGCUGAACCCGAGUGUCGUCCCAGACUGGUGCACGAGUACAAGCUCACACCCUAUUCGCUGUACGCCGCGGUUAGUGUGGGUGUGAGUGCUGACGAUAUACUGCGAGUGCUGGGGCGGUUGUCAAAGAAUGGCGUGCCUGAGGCGGUGAGACAGAACAUCCUCAGUUUCACAGGUAACAUCGGCAAAGUGAAGUUAGUGUUGAAAACGAAUCGAUACUUCAUAGAAAGCCCCCACCCAGCAAUUCUGCAGAAGCUGCUGCGCGACCCGGUCAUUGCCGGAGCUAGGGCGGCUAACUCGGAGCUAGUCGCAAGCACAGCGCCUAAAUUGGACUACGAAGUUGCCGGAAUGAGCAAAGAUGGCAAGAAGGACACUGAAGAGGAGCCGGAAUUGGCACUGAAAGAUCUUUUGGAGAGAGCAGAAGGAGACGAUGACGAUGUAGACAGCGAUGUCGAUGAGGACAAAGCAGGCCCAGUGGUACAUUCCUUCGAGGUGGAACGAGAGAAGAUUGAGGAUGUUAAGCGCCACUGUAUCACCAUCGACAUGCCGCUUCUGGAAGAGUACGACUUCAGAAAUGACACCACCAGCAAGAGUCUGGACAUGGAUCUCAAACCACAGACAGUAUUGCGUCCGUACCAGGAGAAGUCGCUCGCCAAAAUGUUCGGAAAUGGGCGUGGGAGAAGUGGUAUCAUUGUGCUGCCGUGCGGAGCUGGCAAGACACUCACGGGGGUUACUAUCGCAUGUACCAUCAAGAAGUCGGUGCUUGUGUUGUGCACGAGUUCGGUGGCCGUGGAGCAGUGGCGACGGCAGUUCUGCAUGUGGUCCACAGUCAGCGAUGACAACAUUGUACGCUUUACGUCAACCAGCAAGGACGAACCCGUCGAG